AAAAAGACACCAAAAGAUGAACGCCAUUUUCCGUCGCGCCUACUCCACCAAGACCCUCAUUCCUCCUAAUGUAGCCGCUGCUACCAAGGUUUCUGGUGCUUCCAAGGAUGCCUCCAUCACUCGUUUGGUCAGCUUCUACAAGACCUUACCUAAGGGUACUGUUGAAGCUCCCAAGCCCUCUGGUCCUUGGGGACGUUACAAGGCUCGUUACAUUGACGGUGACAACGCUUCUGUUACUCCUUUACUUCACCUUGUCUUUGGUGUUUUCGUUAUUGGUUACACUAUUGAUUACCACUUCCACUUGAAGCACCACAAGAACGUUGAGCACCAUUAAAUGAUUAGAUAAAGGAAAGUGUAGCCGUUUGGAAUAUAAAUAUACAUCAUCAUCAGCAACAGAAAUGUGAUGGAUUUGU